GUAUGGACGUCCCAAGGAUCCCAAUAGCACUGAGCAAGCAACAUAUCGGCAUAGAAGCACAUUCCGGUGGGGUGUGCGGCGGGAGAGGCGAGAAAACGCUAUGCGGUGGACCGCAGCAAGGCAUAUUGGUGAUGUUACGUCGUCGCGGAAACGGCUAAACGUAAUCCAGCGACAAAUCAAGGAGCCAAUAGUAGAUCUCACUACUAUUACUGUUGAAAAAUACAUUCUGGGGACGGAACGGACAUAAAUGAGCAGUUCCACGUUGUAGCUACUCACAUAGUGGAAGCGAACCUGGGGGAAUAGCUACAUAGACUUUGCGAAAUAAUUGAGAGAAACAGCAGCAUGGUGAAUAAUGUGCAGAGAGUCGACGACACCUGGCGAACAUGCACCAAAAGCAACUCAAGUGGCACGAGCAACAGCGGCGGAGAGAGUUCCAAGGAGAGCUCUCGCUCCUCUACGCCUGUGCUGGCUGCCGACCGCACGGAAAGGCUACGGGACAAGAUGCGCAGGCGGACAGAGUCAGGCGACCACUGGUUUUCCCUAGAGUUCUUCCCCCCUCGUACUGCCAGUGGGGCUGUCAAUCUUGUCUCUAGAUUUGAUCGCAUGGGCUCUGGGGGGCCCCUGUUCAUAGAUAUUACCUGGCAUCCGGCGGGGGACCCAGGUUCGGACAAGGAGACCUCCUCUAUGAUGAUUGCCAGCACAGCGGUCAACUACUGUGGCCUGGAGAGCAUCCUGCACCUGACCUGCUGUAACCAGACCAAAGAAAAGAUCACUGGAUACCUGAGCAAAGCCAAACACCUUGGCCUGAAGAACAUCAUGGCUCUAAGAGGAGAUCCCGUAGGGGCUGACUGGGAAGAGGAAGAAGGGGGCUUCAACUACGCCACAGACCUGGUCAAACACAUCCGCUGCGAGUUUGAUGACUACUUUGACAUCUGUGUGGCUGGCUACCCUACUGGCCACCCGGAGGCAGAGAGCUACGACGAGGACCUGAGACACCUGAAGGAGAAAGUGGACGCCGGGGCAGACUUCAUCAUCACCCAGCUCUUCUUCCGGGCCGACACCUUCCUCAAGUUUGUCAGAGAUUGCAGGGCCAUAGGGAUCACCUGCCCCAUCCUACCAGGCAUCUUCCCUAUCCAGGGCUACCAAUCUCUAAGGCAGCUGGUGAAGUUGUCCAAGCUGGAAGUGCCUGAGGAGAUCAUGCGGGUCAUUGAGCCCAUUAAGGACAACGACGCAGCCAUCCGCAACUACGGCAUUGAGCAGACCGUGGGCAUGUGCCGCGUGCUCCUGGAGAGUGGCAGUGUGCCGGGCCUCCACUUCUACACGCUGAACCGCGAGGUGGCCACCAUGGAGGUUCUGCGGCAGCUGGGCCUCUGGAUUGAGGACCCCAGGCGUCCACUCCCCUGGGCGGUGAGUGCUCACCCCAAACGCAAAGUGGAGGACGUGCGGCCCAUCUUCUGGGCCUCCAGACCCAAGAGCUACAUAUACAGAACACAGGACUGGGACGACUUCCCCAACGGACGAUGGGGCAACUCAUCAUCUCCAGCCUUUGGCGAACUCAACGAUUACUACCUGUUCUACCUGAAGAGUAAGUCGUCCAAGGACGCCCUGCUGAAGAUGUGGGGCGAGGAGCUGACCAGUGAGCAGAGUGUCUACGAGGUUUUCACCAGCUACAUUAAGGCCCAGCCCAACUGCGCCGGACACAAGGUGAUGUGUCUGCCAUGGAACGACGAGCCGCUGGCUCCGGAGACCAACUUAAUGAUGGACGAGCUCGACAAGGUGAACCGCCGGGGGGUCCUCACCAUCAACUCCCAGCCCGCCAUCAAUGGCAAGCCCUCCGACGACCCCAUCGUGGGCUGGGGCCCACCCGGGGGCUACGUCUUCCAGAAGGCCUAUCUGGAAUUUUUCACCUCGAGUGAAAACGUCACCAUUCUCCUCAAAGUGCUAAAGAAGUACGAACCUCGCGUCAACUACCACAUUGUCAAUGUUCAUGGUCAGAAUACGACGAACGCCCAUGACAUGCAACCCAACGCUGUGACGUGGGGCAUCUUCCCCGGCAGGGAGAUUGUCCAGCCCACGGUGGUGGAUCCAGUCAGCUUCAUGUACUGGAAGGACGAGGCCUUUGCCCUGUGGAUUGAGCAGUGGGCCAAGCUGUAUGAGGACGAGUCGCCAUCACGCAUGAUCAUCAAGUACAUCCACGACAACUACUUUCUAGUCAACCUGGUGGACAACGACUUCCCAUUGGACAACUGCCUGUGGCAGGUCAUCGACGACAUGUUUGAGCUGCUUGACAACCCCCCGGAGGAGCAACCCACGGAGCAACCUGUAGAGCAGCCUGCUGAGGAGUCAACCGUGGAAGAACAAUCCCCAAAGUAACAGUGGGGUCAGCCACUGACUGACUUUUUUUACAUUUUCUCCCUGGGGCUGCGAUUGAGAACUUUUCACUAAAAACUAACACUACAAAGUACUUAACUGGAGUAUUAUACUAUACAGUAUAUAUACUGAACGUAUAUACACUGCCCCAAAAAAUAAAGGGAACACUUAAACAACACAAGUCAAUCACACUUCUGUGAAAUCAAACUGUCCACUUAGGAAGCAACACUGAUUGACAAUAAAUUUCACAUGCUGUUGUGCAAAUGGAAUCGACAACAGGUGGAAAUUAUAGGCAUUUAGCAAGACACCCCCAAUAAAGGAGUGGUUCUGCAGGUGGUGACCACAGACCACUUCUCAGUUCCUAUGCUUCCUGGCUGAUGUUUUGGUCACUUUUGAAUGCUGGCAGUGCUUUCACUUUAGUGGUAGCAUGAGUCUACAACCCACACAAGUGGCUCAGGUAGUGCAGCUCAUCCAGGAUGGCACAUCAAUGCGAGCUGUGGCAAGAAGGUUUGCUGUGUCUGUCAGCGUAGUGUCCAGAGCAUAGAGGCGCUACCAGGAGACUGGCCAGUACAUCAGGAGACGUGGAGGAGGCCGUAGGAGGGCAACAACCCAGCAGCAGAACCUCUACCUCCACCUUUGUGCAAGGAGGAGCACUGCCAGAGCCCUGCAAAAUGACCUCCAGCAGGCCACAAAUGUGCAUGUGUCUGCUCAAACGGUCAGAAACAGACUCCAUGAGGGUGGUAUGAGGGCUCGACGUCCACAGGUGGGGGUUAUGCUUACAGCCCAACACCGUGCAGGACGUUUGGCAUUUGCCAGAGAACACCAAGAUUGGCAAAUUUGCCACUGACGCCCUGUGCUCUUCACAGAUGAAAGCAGGUUCACACUGAGCACAUGUGACAGAGUCUGGAGACGCCGUGGAGAACGUUCUGCUGCCUGCAACAUCCUCCAGCAUGACCGGUUUGGCGAUGGGUCAGUCAUGGUGUGGGGUGGCAUUUCUUUGGGGGGCCGCACAGCCCUCCAUGUGCUCGCCAGAGGUAGCCUGACUGCCAUUAGGUACCGAGAUGAGAUCCUCAGACCCCUUGUGAGACCAUAUGCUGGUGCGGUUGGCCCUGGGUUCCUCCUAAUGCAAACAAUGCUAGACCUCAUGUGGCUGGAGUGUGUCAGCAGUUCCUGCAAGAGGAAGGCAUUGAUGCUAUGGACUGGCCCGCCCGUUCCCCAGACCUGAAUCCAAUUGAGCACAUCUGGGACAUCAUGUCUCGCUCCAUCCACCAACGCCACGUUGCACCACAGACUGACCAGGAUUUGGUGGAUGCUUUAGUCCAGGUCUGGGAGGAGAUCCCUCAGGAGACCAUCCGCCACCUCAUCAGGAGCAUGCCCAGGCAUUGUAGGGAGGUCAUACAGGCACGUGGAGGCCACACACACUAUUGAGCCUCAUUUUGACUUGUUUUAAGGACAUUACAUCAAAGUUGGAUCAGCCUGUAGUGUGGUUUUCCACUUUAAUUUUGAGUCUGACUCCAAAUCCAGACCUCCAUGGGUUGAUAAAUUUAAUAAGAAUAUUUUAUUCAUUCAGAUCUAGGAUGUGUUAUUUUAGUGUUUCCUCUAUUUUUUUUGAGCAGUGUAUAUAUAAAUGCUACAUGCAACAAUUUAAUUGAUUUUACUGUUACAGUUCAUGAGGAAAUCAAAUCAAAAUCAAAUUUAUUUAUAUAGCCCUUCGUACAUCAGCUGAUAUCUCAAAGUGCUGUACAGAAACCCAGCCUAAAACCCCAAACAACCAUCAAUGCAUGUAUUGAAGCACUUUGGCUUGGAAAAACUCCCUAGAAAGGCCAAAACCUAGGAAGAUACCUAGAGAGGAACCAGGCUAUGAGGGGUGGCCAGUCCUCUUCUGGCUGUGCCGGGUGGAGAUUAUAACAGAACAUUGCCAAGAUGUUGAAAUGUUCAUAAAUGACCAGCAUGGUCAAAUAAUAGGUUUGGGACAGGUAGCACAUCCGGUGAACAGCCGCAGGCAGAACAGUUGAAAUUGGAGCAGCAGCACGGCCAGGUGGACUGGGGACAGCAAGGAGUCAUCAUGCCAGGUAGUCCUGAGGCAUGGUCCAAGGGCUCAGGUCCUCCGAGAGAGAAAAAGAAAGAGAGAAUUAGAGAGAUCAUACUUAAAUUCACACAGGACACUGGAUAAGACAGGAUACGUACUCCAGAUAUAACAAACUGACCCUAGCCCCCUGACACAUAAACUACUGCAGCAUAAAUACUGGAGGUUGAGACAGGAGGGAUCAGGAGACACUGUGGCCCCAUCCGAUGAUACCCUCAGACAGGGCCAAACAAGAAGGAUAUAACCCCACCCACUUUGCCAAAGCACAGCCCCCACACCACUAGAGGGAUAUCUUCAACCACCAACUUACCAUCCUGAGACGAGGCCGAGUAUAGCCCACAAAGAUCUCCGCCACAGCACAACCCAAGGGGGAGCGCCAAUCCAGGAAAUCAGUCAAUUGAAAUAAAUUAAUUAGGCUCUAAUAAAAAAUUAUAAUAUAUGGAUUUCACAUGACUGGGAAUACAGAUAUGCAUCUGUUGGUCACAGAUACCUUUAAAAAAAAAUGGGCCUCAGGAUCUCCUCAUGGUAUUUUUAGUGCUUUCAAAUUGCCAUCGAUAAAAUGCAUUUGUGUUUGUUGUCCGUAGCUUAUGCCUGCCCAUACCAUAACCCCACCGCCACCAUGGGGCACUCUGUUCACAACGUUGACAGUAGCAAUCCGCUUGCCCACACGACGCCAUACACGUGGUCUGCGGUUGUGAGGCCGGUUGGACGCACUGCCAAAUUUGAUAAAACGUUGGAGGCUGCUUAUGGUAGAGAAAUAAACAUUCCAUUAUCUGGCAACGGCUCUGGUGGAGAUUCCUGCCGUCAGCAUGCCAACUGCAUGUCUCUCAAACCUUCUGUGGCAUUAUGUUGUAUGACAAAACUGCACAUUUUAGAGUGGCCUUUUAUUGUCCCCAGUACGUAGGUGCACCUGUGUAAUGAUCACGCUAUUUCAUCAGCUUCUUGAUAUGCCACAUCUGACAGGUGAAUGUAUUCUCUUGGCAAAGGAGAAAUUCUCAGUAACGGGAAUGUAAACAGAUUUGUGCCAAACAUUUGAGAGAAAUAAGCUCUGUGCGUAUGGAACAUUUCUGGGAUCUUUUAUUUCAGCUCAUGAAACAUGGGACUAACACUUUACAUGUUGCGUUUAUUUUUGUUCAGUGUACUUCAAAAUUUGUUUUAAAACCAUUUUAAGAAUAUGGAUUUCAUUUGAGCGAUAAAUGGCGAGGAAAAUGUGCCAUGAAAGGAACUAAAUUAGUCCAACACCAGAUGCUUAUCUUGUGUAAUAUACAAUAUGACUAGCAAACUGAGCUGCGAUCUGGAUGAUCAAUCUUAAUCGAGAGGCACUUCACUGAAUGAAUAUUAUGAUUAAUGACACAGGGAAACAUGUUGGACUUUAUAAACCUUUUAAUUCUGUUUGAUGUAUUCAUAUAAACAUGUAUGUACUUAAGGGUGAAAACAGUGGUACAGUAUAUGAAGCUGUUUACAUUGUGCUAAAUUUUUAUUUUAUCUUUAUUUAACUAGGCAAGUCAGUUCACAACAAAUUCUUAUUUUCAAUGACUGCCUAGGAACAGUGCCUUGUUCAGUGGCAGAAUGAGAGAUUUUUACCUUGGGGAUUCGAUCUAGCAACCUUUCGGUUACUAGUCCAGUGCUCUAACCACCACGUUACCUGCCGCCCCAAUUGAAAUAAAUUAAUUAGACCCUAAUAAAAAAUGAUAAUAUAUGGAUUUCACAUGACUGGGAAUACAGAUAUUCAUCUGUUGGUCACAGUUACCUUUAAAAGAAAAUGGGCCUUUGGAUCUCCUCGUGGUAUUUUCGUGCAUUCAAAUUGCCAUCGAUAAAAUGCAUUUGUAUUCGUUGUCCAUAGCUUAUACCUGCCCAUACCAAAACCUCACUGCUACCAUGGGGCACUCUGUUCACAACUUUGACAGUAGCAAUGACAGAGGAGAUGUGUAGACUAUAGAAUUGCAUAACCAAAGUUUAAAUUGAGCAAUACAGGGACUUUCUCCUGAAGCUUCAGGGUUACCAGAACACAUGAGCAAUGAAGGACUUGUGAUUACAAUUGUAACAGUACUGAGCUGCUACUGACUGUUUUGGAAAUGUCACGCAAGGCCUUAACUAACAAGAAUUAAGCAGUGAUCUCGCACUGCUUUAUUUUUCAGCUUUUUUUUGGUUCAUAUUUAUUUGUUGUGUAACGUGAUUUAUUAAGAUCAAUAAAAAAAACACUUCAUGUUGCAACGGUGAA